CUGUCGUCGUCACACACCACCACUCAUUUCGAGCAGAGCAAACUCCAUAGCCUAGCUCUAGAGAGAGAGAAAAAACUUAAGCUUCUUAGAGAGAAAACAAAGAUGUCGAAAGAAGUGAGCGAAGAAGGAAAAACCCACCAUGGGAAAGACUACGUGGAUCCUCCACCAGCUCCGCUCUUUGACAUGGGAGAGCUCAAGUCUUGGUCUUUCUACAGAGCUCUCAUCGCUGAGUUCGUCGCUACUCUCCUCUUCCUCUACGUCACUGUAGCCACUGUCAUCGGCCACAAGAAGCAAACCGGUCCCUGUGACGGCGUUGGUUUACUCGGGAUCGCUUGGGCUUUCGGUGGUAUGAUCUUCGUCCUCGUUUACUGCACCGCCGGUAUCUCUGGUGGUCACAUUAACCCAGCUGUGACUUUCGGUCUGUUACUUGCUCGUAAGGUCUCUUUGGUUCGAGCUAUUGGUUACAUGAUAUCUCAGUGUCUUGGAGCCAUCUGUGGUGUGGGUUUCGUGAAAGCUUUCAUGAAGACUCCUUACAACACUCUGGGUGGAGGAGCUAACACCGUAGCUGACGGUUACAACAACGGGACUGCUCUUGGAGCUGAGAUCAUUGGAACUUUCGUCCUUGUUUACACCGUCUUCUCCGCUACUGACCCUAAGAGAAGCGCUCGUGACUCUCACAUCCCCGUUUUGGCUCCACUUCCAAUUGGGUUCGCUGUAUUCAUGGUGCAUUUGGCAACUAUCCCCAUUACUGGAACUGGUAUUAACCCAGCAAGAAGCUUUGGUGCUGCUGUUAUCUACAACAACGAGAAGGCUUGGGAUGACCACUGGAUCUUCUGGGUUGGUCCGUUCCUUGGAGCACUAGCUGCAGCGAUUUACCACCAAUUCGUAUUGAGAGCUUCAGCAAUUAAGGCUUUGGGAUCCUUCCGAAGCAACGCGACCAAUUAAUGAAGGCUUUUAAAAUUAUGUGAAGAAACAACUUAAGAUUUGGGAAAUGCUUUAUUGUUAUUAUUAUUUGUUGUUCUUUUGUGUGUAAUGAGAGAGAGAUGGUUGGAUGAUGUUAAUUAUGAAAAUGGCCUUAUGAAUUCUGUUUCUUUCUUUUUUUCCUAUUUGAAAAAUUCCAAUAGUCUUAUUAGCUUUGGUGUGUUUGUCUUCA